ACUGAUGACACAGUCAUUUUAGCCAAUUGGGCUCGGGAAGGGAGGCAACUUCAAUUGCCUUCUGCAAAUCCCUUCCGAUUUAAUGAUGCAAAUGCUCAAUGUGGCAUUCUUGGGAAUCUUGGUGACACAGGCGGCCUCCAUCCUUCGAGGCCCAAGGUUGGAUGAAGAGGUGCCAAGCCAACGGCAAGGAUUUCAAAGCGCCUGGUCCCGCUUGGAAGCAUCAGUUUCAAGUUUCUUCGAUAGUGGAAAGGACCCAGAGAAAGUGGACGUUCCUGAAGUUCCUGGAGUUGCAGUGAGGACACAGAUCCUCUCCGUUGACAAUGGAUCAGCAAAGAACGUUGUGUACCGCUCCAUUGAGGCAAAGGCACCUGGUUCUGGUGGCAAUGUCACUGUAGAGAUCGAAUCGCAAGACGUGACUCCGGAUGCUGUGGCAGCUUCGAAAGCCAAAGGCGCUAAAGUCAUUCCACCACCACCCACGCCACCUAGCAAAGAUGACUUCGUGGUUCAGAUCAAAUCUGUGGAGCGAGUGGAUGGAAAGAAGCCAAUCAGGCCCAGACUGAAUGCAACAACGCCGUCCAAAAAGGUGGUUGAAAAGAAGAAAAGCGGCUUGGACAUCAAGGUCUGGAGAGUCACAGAUGCCCCAAAGGCAAGGGAUGAGGUGCCACCAGCUCGCCUCGAGUACAGCAAACUGUGGGCAGAUGACUGGGGUGAUGAAUGGCGGGCAACGGCUCAUAUCGCUGCCACGAAAAAGAAGGAGCUCCCUGUUUAUGAGCAGUCCUUUCGUGGCUGAUCCGACGCAUCCUUUGCCAUCGAGUUGCAAACGAAAA